AUGCCUCCGCGACGCCGCCGGCAAGCCGGGGAGGCCGUCCCCGGCGCCGAGCAAAAGGAGCAGAGUGCCGCGGCACCGCGGGCGGUGUUGACAAAGUUGGCGCACAAGCGGAAGCCGAAGAUGGCGUUCCUCUUCGAGGAGGCGGAGACGGAGGCCGGGGGCAGCGGGGGGCCGGCGGCGGCGAAGGCGGCCGCUCCGAAGCGCAGCCCGAAGCUCGCGUUUCUAUUCGACGACGCGGGCGCCCAGGACGGAGCGGCGCCGCAGGCGCAGCCGGGGCCGGAGCUGCAGCCGACGGACGCCGCCGCUGACGCCGCCGCUGACGCCGCCCCGGCGGGGGCCGCGCGCAUAGAGGCAGAGGGGCGGGAACCCAUAGAGAAACCACGUGAGCCGGCCGUCGCGGGCAGUGCCGCGGCGAACACCACUGCGCCAGCGACGCCGUCACGUCGCCCAAUGGCGAUCUCCAAGAACCUGAAGCUGCAGCGCAGGCAGCGGAGGGUCCCCCACGACGAAAGGGACAACACCGCGGGUGCCGCAGAGGCAGAGGCGCUCGCCACCAACAGCGCCGCCGAAAACUCUGCGGCCGCCCAGGUGGAGGCGAAAGAAACGCGGCAGCCACACACGGACGACGCGGCGGUGUCGCCGUCCCCCACUGUGCCCACUGAAGACAUGCAGCACGAAGUCCGUGGGACGGAGCGACACGAGCAGCCUGCGGACGCCUUUUCGGGGGCUUCAGAGCAGGAGGUCAAACAGGGGCCCGCUGCCGUGAUUUCGAAGUCACUCAAACGCAGUCGCUACCUCCAGGCAUGCGAGGCCGCGACAGACUCCCCGGGGAACGGGGAAACACACGCACCUCCCCACGUCGAGGAGAAGGUGGCAGUGGCAAAGGCAAUUGCAGAGGAGCCAGCGCCCGACUUGGCACAGCAGCCGCACGUGGGUAACGGCAAGCCGAAGUCUCCACAUUUCUCGGAUGAAGUCCGAGAAGUUGGCGAAACAAAAACUGCAGCCCUUUCACGGCCCGCCAUUACAAAAACGGUUCGGGGAAGACUGAGUAAAAAAUAUAUAGCCCAAAAAAGAGCUGUGCGGGAGAAGCCGGACAGAGCGGCCUCAUACAAGGGCGCCGAGGAGGAGGCCGCAGAAAGGAUUGCGGAGGGAGGGGAAGAAGCCGAGCGCAAACGUGCCGCAGAGGAAGAGGCUGAGCGCAAGCGUGUCGCAGAGGAAGAGGCUGAGCGCAAACGUGCCGCAGAGGAAGAGGCUGAGCGCAAACGUGCCGCAGAGGAAGAGGCUGAGCGCAAGCGGGCCGCAGAGGAAGAGGCUGAGCGCAAGCGGGCUGCAGAGGAGGAGGCUGAGCGCAAGCGGGCUGCAGAGGAGGAGGCUGAGCGCAAGCGGGCCGCAGAGGAAGAGGCUGAGCGCAAGCGGGCCGCAGAGGAAGAAGCCGAACGCAAAAGAGUUGAGAGGAGGCCGCACAAAAGAAAGCAAAAAGGGAGGACGCGCAGGAAGGCAAGAGAAGAAGCUGCACGAAAGAAAGCU